AAAGAUAACUCUGUUUUUUAUCACGAAAAAUAAACAUAUGCUAAGGGGCCUAGCAGACGAUUUCUUCGACUUGACUUUUUGUUGUGUACAAAAUUCAUGAGAGUUUGUUUCUUGAUUGGUAGAAUUUAAUACCGCCGACAUGGAAGCAGAAGAUCAGGUGGUAGCUGGAGAUGCAGUGAUCAGUGAUGACGAAGAGGAAUCACUGUUUCAAGACAUAGAUCUUCUGCAAAAUCACGGAAUAAAUGUGGCCGACAUAAAGAAGCUGAAACAGUCCGGAAUAUGCACUAUCAAGGGCGUCCAAAUGACGACAAGGAAAAAACUCUGCACAAUAAAAGGAAUAUCCGAAGCUAAAAUGGAAAAGAUCAAAGAGGCAGCCAACAAACUGUGUGACCCUGGCUUUCUGACUGCUUUGGAGUAUGCAGACAAAAGAAAGCAGGUCUUUCGCAUAACAACCGGCAGUCAAGAACUGGAUAAACUGCUUGGUGGUGGUAUGGAGAGCAUGGCGAUAACCGAGGCGUUCGGCGAAUUCAGAACGGGAAAAACACAGCUGUCACACACUCUCUGUGUAACAUCACAACUGCCUGGCGCCAAUGGUUACACUGGAGGCAAGGUGGUCUUUAUCGACACAGAAAACACAUUUCGACCAGACAGACUAAGGGCUAUAGCCGAUCGGUUUAACUUGGACCAAAACGCAGUCUUGGACAAUGUUUUAUACGCUAGGGCAUAUACAAGCGAGCACCAGUAUGAACUGAUGGACUUCGUUGCAGCGAAAUUUUAUGAAGAAUCCGGAGUUUUCAAACUUCUUAUUGUAGAUUCCAUAAUGGCUUUGUUUCGUGUCGAUUUUAGCGGUAGGGGAGAAUUAGCGGACAGACAACAAAAACUCGCACAAAUGUUGUCCAGACUCCAGAAGAUAGCGGAAGAAUACAAUGUUGCCGUUUUUGUAACCAAUCAGAUGACAGCAGACCCAGGGGCAACAAUGUCCUUUCAAGCGGACCCCAAGAAACCAAUAGGAGGAAAUAUACUAGCACACGCCUCCACCACCAGAAUUAGCUUACGCAAGGGACGAGGGGAGACCAGAAUAGCUAAAAUAUACGAUAGUCCGGAUCUUCCAGAGAGUGAAGCCACAUUUGCAAUAACUGGCGGAGGAAUCAAUGAUGCCAAAGAAUGAAAAAGACUGACCACUAGGAAUGAAUUACAAUUUUAUUGUUGAUUAUCAUUAAUGUAUGCAAAUG